AUGUCCACGCCGCAGGCGGAAACCAAGGCCGAGGCCGAGGCGCUGGUGCCUCAGUUCCAGCUCGAGAGGGUUCUCAACCAAGACCAGAAUGGACGACGGAUCUCUCUGCUCGGCAGCAUCGCCGGCCGGCCGGCGCUCAUCACGCUUGAACGGGCGGCGUUCCCCACGGAGCCGGAGCUCGUGUCAUCCCUCCUGAAAUCUCUCAUCAACACCACAAACCUGGGCGCCAACGAUAUUUACAGGUGGUACAUGGCGAAUCGGUCAGUCGAUUCCUCCUCGUUUUCCAACCGCGCCUCGUCAACGUCACCAUCUACGACCUCGUCCCCCCCGAUCAUCCCAGACUUCAAACUCAACAUGAUCUAUCCGUGCUCGCCACAGCAUAUACGGAAAUACUCGGCGCAGCGUGUGCGCAUGGUCACAGAAACACCGCACAUCUACGCCACGCACAUAAGGCCAUACAUAGCCAGCCAACGCGCCGCCGGCCGACUCGACUGGGUAUUCAACAUCCUCGAGGGCCGCACGGAGCAAGAAGACGUCAUCGCCCGAGUCGACUGGAACUCUGCCGCCAACACGGGCUUCCUCCUGCUGCCGGACCUGAACUGGGACCGCAAAUCCGUCGAGGGCAUGCACCUGCUCGCGCUCGUGCAGCGACGGGACAUCUGGUCUCUGCGCGACCUGAGACGGAAGCACGUCCCCUGGCUCAAGGCCAUGCGCGAACAGAUCGUCGCGGCCGUCAUCGCCAACGUCUUCCCGCCGCGUCGGGGUCAGGACCCCGCCGAGCUUAUUGACGCCGACGAGAUCAAGUGCUACCUGCACUACCAGCCCACGUACUACCACCUGCACGUGCACGUCGUGCACGUCAUGCUCGAGGCCGGCACGACGCAGAGCGUCGGCAAGGCGUUCGGUCUCGGCAACGUGAUUGCCCAGCUGGAGGGGAUGCGGGGGGACGACGAGGCGGGCAUGCACGAGGUGGACCUGCACUACUUUUUGGGCGAGGAGAAUGAGUUGUGGAAGAAGUGUUUUGGUCCGCUGAAGAGGGGGGAGGCUGUGGACUUGGGGGGUUGA